AGGAGCAAAGUAAGGUGUUUCCGGAAAGCAGAAAGACUUGAAGUUUACUCUUUUACAUAGGUCGAUGGAAACUUACCUCUGAGGUGAAGGAGGAAUUAGUGAUGCUUGAAGAACUGAUAUGAACAAGUGGGGUAUACAGAUGACUGGAUCCCAUCCAUGGUGGUUGGAGAACAUGUAACCCUAGAGCCACCACACUCUGAAAAGAUUUUGCUGAGUUGACCAGUGAUUGGCCAAACUUAUUGGGCCUAACGACAAUGGGACUUAAAAUUGGAUUAGAAAUACGGGUUGAUCGGUGGAGAUGAACAGUUCAGUUGACCUACCAAAGAGAUUUCUAGAUAAAAUAAAACAGGGGAAACGUGGUAGAUUCAAGGAGAAUGGAUCCGUGUUCAGUUGGAGUCCAGCUUCGAACCACACACGACUGCCAUAAAACCUUCUAUACUCGGCACACAGGUUUCAAGACACUGAAAGAAUUGUCAUCAAAUGAUAUGCUUUUACUUCAGCUUAGAACUGGAAUGACACUUUCUGGGAAUAAUACAAUUUGUCUCCAUCACGUAAAAAUUUAUAUUGACAGAUUUGAAGAGUUACAGAAGUCAUGUUGUGACCCAUUUAACAUACACAAGAAGCUAGCCAAAAAGAAUCUGCAUGUAAUUGACUUAGAUGAUGCCACUUUUCUGAGUGCAAAGUUUGGAAGACAGCUCGUACCUGGUUGGAAGCUUUGCCCAAAAUGUACCCAGAUUAUCAAUGGAAGUGUGGAUGUUGAUUCAGAUGACCGCCAGAGACGGAAACCCGAGUCAGAUGGAAGGACUGCUAAAGCUCUGCGGUCACUACAGUUUACAAACCCGGGAAAGCAAACUGAAUUUGCUCCAGAAAGUGGUAAAAGGGAGAAAAGGAAACUCACCAAAAAUGCAAGUGCUGCUUCCGACAGACAAAUUAUUCCAGCAAAGAGUAAGGUGUAUGACAGCCAGGGCCUGCUGAUUUUCAGUGGCAUGGACCUCUGCGACUGCCUGGAUGAGGACUGCUUGGGAUGCUUCUACGCCUGCCCCACUUGUGGUUCUACCAAAUGUGGGGCCGAGUGCCGCUGCGACCGCAAGUGGCUGUAUGAGCAGAUAGAGAUUGAAGGAGGAGAGAUAAUCCAUAAUAAACACGCUGGAAAAGCAUAUGGUCUGUUAUCUCCCUGUCACCCAUAUGAUAUUUUACAAAAAUGAUCACCCAAAUAUUGACCAGCAAAGACGAAAACGAAGCAAAGAAAUGAACAGUGACAUUUCUGGAAGUAAAAUAUGGAUCAGUCGAAAAUGGAAUUGUACGCGUCGCUGCUGGUCAUGGGAGUGUUGAUCGCCAUUGCUGUUCAGGAGACAGAUGUGCACCACAGGAAGCUGAUGAUGGAAACUUACCCACAUGGCUGAGACAAGCAGCUGGGAUGAGCAAGCAGAUGGUCCUAGACAACGCUAUGGUAACUUUAACUUAACAUUAAAGGCUGUUUAUUGUAAAUAGAGAACUUCACAAUAUCGGAAUGAUCAGAAAGGUUCCUGUUCAGUGUUACUAACAAAACAGGCGCUGUUCAGACUACUUUUAGGCAAGAAAAUAAAACUCCAAUUCUCAAUGCAUAAACUUUCAUUUUCUUGUCCAUUUAUAGCUACAAGUUUUUAAUGUUUUGAUUGAUAUUUAAAGGUCAUACAGCAAUCCUCUUUUUCCCCUUGAUUAUUAGCAUUUCUUUGGUGCAUGGCUUCAUAGUGCUGUGCAGAUAGGCCCGGCCCUUAGCUGGAAGCAGGGCCUGUGACACAGAAAAUUGGUAUCCAUGCAACACAAUAGGUAGAUAUUUUGAAAAUAAACUAGAUGCCUACAUGCUAAAAUAUAGUUCUCCUAACUAGAGAUGGACACAAAUGCUCAUUACACCAUCAGCUUUUCAGUUCUUAAUCUAUGCAUUCUUGGUGAGAAUUUGUUCCUCUUUUUCCAUUUAAACCGAGAGUGUGAAGUGCAUACGGGACUGCACAUUUGUCUCAGUUACUGUUCUGUUGCUGUGAAGAGUCACUAUGACCAAGGCAACACUUGCAAAAGGAAGCAUUGUAUUGAGGGCUUGCUUGGAGUUCCAAAGGCUUAGCCUAUCACCAUCAUGGCAGGGGCAUGGUGGCCGCAGACAGGUCAGGAUCCGAGAUCUUUAUGUUCUUACAGGCAAGAGAGACUCGGCCUGGCAUGACUUUGGAAACCUCACCACUGGUGACACUUUUCCAACAAGGCCCCCUCCUACCCAUUAUCAAAUGGUACCACCUGCUGGUAAAUAAGCAUUAGGGUGUGUGAGGAGCCUAUGGGGGUUCCCUGAUUCAAAUCAUCACAGCAGUACUUCUGGCUGCUAAAACGGUGGAUAGGUGUGAGGAUUGAAACUUCUAAAAAUGUCCCUCAAGAGACUGAUGAAAAAUUGGAGAAGCUGGGUACUGUGGGAUAGGAACAGGGUUUCUGGGUACUGAUGGAAGUCUUGCUGAGAAGUCAGAAUGGAAGCAGCUCCGGCACUUCUUCCUAAAGCCUUUGGUAGGUUCUCCCUAACCCUUCAGUAGGUUCCUCCUAAAGCCUUUGGUAGGUUCUCCUAAAGCCUUUGGUAGGUUCCUCCUAAAGCCGUUGGUAGGUUCUCCUAAAGCCUUUGGUAGGUUCUUGCAGCCUCCAAGGUUCUGUUGUUCCUGAAUCUUUAGCAGCUUAAAAUACUUGAGUUCUCCAGUACAAUAGCAUUUUUGUUUAGUUGGUUAUCUCUACACUUGCUUGUUUUUCUUUCAUAAAAUGCUAUUUCCAACUUGGAAUUAAAUGUGCUUUCUUUUAGGGUUUUUCUUUAACCCAAGUGUCAGAAACCUAAUGAGCAAAUCAUUUGAUCUGAAUAUCAGCUGAGUGGUGUCAGAAAAGUUUUUAACUAUAUUUUUAAAUUAAAAGGUAGAAUUAUUUACUUUUUCUUUUUUGUUUUUUGUUUCGUUUUUUGUUUUGUUUUUUUGUUUUGUUUUGUUUUUCGAGGCAGGGUUUCUCUGUGUAGCCCUGGAUGUCCUGGAACUCUGUAGACCAGGCUGGCCUCAAACUCAGAAAUCUGCCUGCCUCUUCCUCCCAAGUGCUGAGAUUAAAGGCGUGCCACACCACAGCCCAGCUAUUUACUUUUUCUAAAGUAAGGAAAUGUUUUACUGGGCUAAAGAUAGACUCCAGUUUUAUCUGAACCUUUAGAAUCCUUUGGUUUUAGUCAUUUUUGUUGUCUCUUGGUUCCUAAGUGAGUUAGGGUUGAACAUUGCUUGGGCUCGGGAGGAAACGUUUGUUAUGUUUCCUUUCAUUCUGUUUUCCUUGCAGUGGGGCCUUGCACUGCCACGCAGGCUGGCCCUGGACCUCUGCGGCCUUCACACCACAGCCUUUUUCGUGCUGGGUUGACAUGCAUGUGUUACCAUGCUGCUAAAAUUUGUGUGAAGCAUUUAUUUUUACUUACAAUGGGAGUAUAUUUCUAAUAGGGAAAAGACUUUAUAUAAAAAUGGCUAUAUUUAAUCAUUCCUUUGAACAGAUCUGUUCUUUUUGCAAAGAGAAUAACUUUUACCACAGGGAAGGUUAUCAACAGUUUUGGUGAUUGUUCUUUGUAUUUGGGGACCAAACAUAGAGUUUAUAGCCAAAAGUAUAUUUGAUCUUAAGUAAACUAAUAAAGACUGUAUUUUAGAAAUAAACAAUGCAGGGUUACUGUUUAAUUUUUAAGUAUGUAUGUGUGAAAGAGAGAUCUUAGGUAAACUAAUAAAGACUAUUUUAGAAAUAACA